UUAUUAAAUUUGUAUACCUCCCUAUACCCACAGGUCUCAGGGCAGUUCACAGGAUAAAAUCACAACAUAAAAACAUGAAAUGCACAAUCAAAACAAAAACAACCCAAUACCCCAUUCUACUUUCAUAAGUAAAUAUAAACACAUGAAAUAAUUACACAAAUAUGUAAAACUAACAUUCACUGCAACACAUGGAAGCUGCCCUCCUGAAUCAGACCACUGAUCCAUCAAGUGUGAGACAUACAUAUUUUAGGACCCACUCUAGCUGACCUGGCACUGUAUGUGUGCAAAGCAUGGGCUCGUCUGCCAAGCUGCGGCCCUUGGUCCUCCCUACCUCAUUUCCCCUUCCCCACCACUUCAGAAUUCUCCACCUGCGAAUGGCAGCCGCAGCAUUUCCUCCUUGCAGGAGGCUGAAGAAAUAUUGCAGUCUGCAUCUUCAGCGACAUGUCUGUUCAUCAGCUGUGUUUACCCCCAAGGUUCUAUUUCCAGUGCUCAAAUAUGAAAGGGAACGAAUGGAGGAGCAGAAGGUGCCAUUUCCAUAGCUACCAACAAAGCACUGACAGCAUGAAGUAAUGAAGAGGCCCCCUUUUUACCAAGGCACAGCUGUCAUUAGCAUUCAGCGUGGCAAGUCAAGAGACUCACUCACGAGGACAGGUGUGCACAAAGAGGAUGCACCAUGCCUUCUAUCGCCAGCCUUCCCAGCACUAAAGCGGAUCUUCCACCCCAGGCGCAUGUUGGGUCCUUCCCAGUCCGCCUCUUGUGCAGGGUGUCCUGCGUGCAACUAGCUGCCUUUCUCCUGGCUGUCCUGGGCUGCCUAAUGAGCAUCUGCUCCACAUCUGCCAACCUUGACUGGAGAGUGUGGCAAGUAGACAAAAUCAUGGGCAGCAACCAGCAGGGCAUUGUGGGCAUUGGCAUCUGGGGUGCCUGUUCUGCCAGAAGAGUUACUAUGAAGAAAACCAACAUGAUAUGUAUACCAUUGAACAAUGAGGAGUCUCUGCCAGCUGAAAUCAUUGUGGCCCAGGACUUGAUGCCAAUGGCCUCAGUGGCCAAUGCGGUGACUGUUCUUUGGAUGGCCUUUGCUCUAUGCAACAUCUUUGAGCCGGGAAAAGACGAGAAUUUCAUUGAUACCUUCUUUUCAAUUGGAGGAAGGAUAGAGUUGGCAGCAGGUACUUGUGUACUGAUUUCCAUUUCAUGGAAUUUUCAUUCUGUAUUAAGAAACGAAGGAAUUCCGCUUCCGGGGGUUUUGGGAGUGUCUCCGAUUCCCACAGAACAACAUGCUGGAAUGGCCAUCUAUAUUGGGUUUCUUGCUGCAGCUUCGCAGCUGUUAAGCGGAACUCUGGUUCUGGGUGAAAAAUAUUUUUGGAAAAUGAGUGAAAUAAACACUUCCAAGCCAAAAUUUGUAAACGACCCAGAAAGUGUUACAGACACUGAAAACCCAAAGCUGAGGAUGAAAUGCAGACAGCACUUCUCUUCUGUGACACUGGAAUGUGAAGAAGAAAAGCCCCCUAUCUGGCGGAGAUAUCAAAGUCAUAUUAAAACGGAAAAUAUGCCAGGCUCACUAGCAAUAUGGCUAAGGAACGGUUCCCGUCCUGUGACUGGCUUUUUUUAACUGGAAGCAGGGGACGUUGUGUAUAUUUAUUUUCUUAUGCAUAUUCUGUUGGGGUUUUUUUUAACUGAAUGCUUCUGGGAUGCUUACAACAUAGGGUUAACUAUAAAUGGGGGGAAUAAAUUAAAAGUAUAAAACUGUUAUAUUUACCUUUAGAUAUUUAUGCUAUAUCUCUUUUAGCAAUAAAAAGAAUG